UUUAAACUACCGAUCCACUCGUUUAUCAGUGUUGAUGUGAACCAACCUGUUAUUUAAGAAACAAAAAGUGUGACAGCUAAAUAUUUCAGACGUCAUGUUCAUUUUAGUUUAGACUGUUUUACUUGUGAUAUUCACAAUUCACACAGAUUAUAAGGCAUACAUGGAUUGUGUAUCCCAUAAUUCAAUGCUUUCAGACAUUUAUGAAUUAUUCAUUUCUGUAGUAAAGCAGUGCCUUCACAGGUUGUCUCACAUUUGGCAACACCUUUACCUGCAGUAAGUGCUGAAAGACGCAUAAAGUGGUGCCAAACUGAAAGCAGUGGGAUCGAUGACAAAAGAGAGACGAUGAAGAUCACACACAUUUAAGGGCAUCGCACACACAACCACAAGGUCAGCUCGGAUCUGAUUAAGACAACCUGAAGAUUGGACACAUAUCAUACACACACAACUGACUGCUGCUAAAGGACCUAUAGACUUGAAUUGUACUGCUUUGACCAUGAUGGCGUCAAUAAAUGAUACUCUGUUCUGGGAUGUCACUUUAAACCACAGCUUUAUCAAACCCAACCUCUCGGAGUUACCGGAUACACAAGCCACAGAGAUGAACUGGCCAGCUUUGUUUAUUCUGGUUAUUAUAUUCUUCACUAUAGCAGGAAAUAUAUUAGUAAUAAUGGCAGUGUCCCUGGAAAGUAAACUGUACAAUGCAACCAACUUCUUUCUUUGCUCGCUGGCCGUGGCCGACAUGCUGGUGGGCUUUCUUGUAAUGCCAGUCUCAUUAAUCAGUGUCAUUUACAACCACAGCUGGCCUUUCCAUGAAGACCUGUGUCGCAUUUGGAUCUUCCUGGAUGUGCUUUUCUCCACAUCCUCUAUCAUGCACCUGUGCGCCAUCUCUCUGGACCGCUAUAUUGGUAUUCAUAAUCCAAUAAAGUACAGUCGCAGUAACUCGCCUUUCAAGGCCAAGCUCAAAAUCGUCACUGUGUGGACCAUAUCUAUAGUGCUGUCACUUCCCAUUCCGGUAAUGGGCUUCCAGGAUAAGCAGAAGGUGUUUGUGAACGAGACGUGUGCCCUGAAUGAGCCUCGCUUUGUUCUUGUCGGCUCUUUCAUAGCCUUCUUCCUUCCUCUGGUCAUCAUGGUGGUCUGCUACUACCUCACCCUCCGGGUUCUUCGUCAACAAAGCGCUGCCUUCCCGCAAGAGACCAAAAGAGUUUCAUCAGCCGAGAUAAGUGACACAGCUCUGCCUAACAACAAGCAGUUGUUACUCACAUUUUUACCCAAAAAACUUUCGUUUAGUAGCUCACGAGAUCAAGGUAGACGAGGAAUGAUGCAAGCGAUCAGAAAUGAGCAACGGGCCUCCAAAGUCUUGGGUGUCGUCUUUUUUUUCUUCCUGGUGAUGUGGUGUCCGUUCUUCAUCACCAACGUGCUGGUUGCCAUCUGUCAGGAGAGCUGCAGUGACCAUCUUCAUCAUCUCAUGAAUUUCUUUGUUUGGGUGGGAUACGUCUCCUCUGGUGUGAAUCCUCUGAUUUACACCCUCUUCAACAAGACAUACCGCAAUGCAUUCGUUCGCUACCUGCGAUGUAAAUAUCAUAACACGUCGCCAAAGACAAAGCAAGCUAGUUGCUGGUAAACCCAAUAAUUGAGAUUGUGUGGGAAAGGACAUUUGAGCUACUGUAUAAGAACAAAAGAUGGGAAGCUAUGCUAGCCUGAAAGGUUUGUUAAUCUGUUGUAAUCUGGAUGCAUUCUGAUUUAAAAACUUGUGAAACCCAGAAUGGAGGAAUAGUCUCAGUUUGAUCUGGGACACGCGAUUAAGGAUCCCCAAUGCAACCUGGAAGGGGAAAGAAGAGCAGGUGAUUGGGAUGUGUAGGGGUGAAUAUAAAGAUGACAAAGGGAGGAAAAAUUUAGAGGAAUAAAAGGUUGGGAUAGGACAGGUUGGAUUGAGAGAACAGUUUCUUUUUUUUAAACACACACCCUGUGAUGUUUUCUUACCUGUCCUGAUUUAACUGCACAGAUAUGUUUGUGGACUUCCUUUAAUCAGUUGGAAUCAACCGUGUUUACAUUUUGCUCCAGUUAAAGACUGUAUAAAUCCAACACUGAUGUCGCCGAUACAAAAUUGUAUGUAUUUAAGUGAAACAGCGACAUCAAGUGGUGAGAUUCAUUUAUGGACUGUGUUAUUAAUGGGCUACUACAAUGAAGAUGAUUGAUUUGAAAUACAAUGAUUAAAACACUUAGACAUUUUUAAACUAAUCCCACUAUAAAUACUUGAUCCUGUCUUUGUAUUUUUAUAUUCUGACACUGUGAACUGUAAAAAAUAAUAAUAAUAAUGUAUUCAAGUAAAUUUCUUUGUGGUCAAAUCUAAAAGGAGUAUUUUCAGGUCAAUAUUUUAAAAUUGA